AUGCCGAUCACAUAUGCUGCAGCACUCGCAUAUGAAGAGCCCCCCAUCCGCGUGGUCCUCGUACAGACGUUCUUCCUGCUGCUGCUUAAUGUCCUCAACUGGGCGCUUGAUGCACUGCUCUACAGUGGCCUCGUUGGCCAGAUCCUCAUCGGUAUGGCCUGGGGAACUCCGGGCGCCGGCAUCCUCUCGCUCAACACAGAGCACGCCGUGGUGCAGAUUGGCUACUUGGGAUUGAUCCUACUGGUCUACGAAGGUGGGCUCGUCUGGAAAGACUUAGCUGAAACCACCCCACUCCCCCAAGAAAAUGCACAAGUUUGCCCUGCUGACUCCUAUCUAGGCGGCCUAUCGACAGCGUUCCCCUCUCUUCGUGCAAACAUUGCCCUGUCGGCGAGCGUUGCGGCUACUGGUAUCGCGGCCCCCAUCGGGCUCUCGUUUGUGCUGCUGCGUCUCGUCACCAGCAAUGGCACAUCCUCUUCCUCGCUGGCGGCUUUUGCUGCAGGUGCGGCACUCUGUUCGACCAGCCUUGGCACCGCAUUCACGGUCCUGCGCACGAGCGGUCUCGCAGCCACGCGGCUGGGCGUCGUGCUUGCCGGUGCGGCCAUGCUGGAUGACGUCGUCGGCCUCGUCAUGGUGCAGGUAAUUGCCAGUUUAGGUCCCCGUUCAGCGGGCGCAACCGACGUCUCAGCGGCCACUGUUGUCCGUCCUGUGCUGGUCUCGGUGGCCUUUGCUGUCGUUGCCGUACUUCUCUGCCGCUUCGUGGUGCAGCCAGCCACGGCAGCCCUUAACAGCUGGCGAUCAGCACAUGAGGACGCCCGCAUCAGCUGGCUAUUUCGACAGAGUGCAACGGCCCUCGUCUUGCACACAGCACUCCUCGUAGCCAUGGUAGCCGGGGCCAGCUAUGCCAGGACGUCGAAUUUGUUUGCCGCAUACGUUGCUGGCGCUAUUAUCAGUUGGUGGGACUCGGAAGUGCUGCACUGCAGCGACGAUGCCGUGUCUGACGAUCAUGGAUCGGUGCGUGAUGGUGAUGCUUCAGGCAACACCAGAGGCAAUGCACCCUUGACUUCCGGCUGUGACAUCUUCGACCACUACUACCGCCCUGCGGCCAAAUGGGUGCUGCAGCCCUUCUUUUUUGCUUCCAUUGGCUUCUCCAUCCCUGUGACGAAGAUGUUUGUGGGCGAGAUCGUGUGGAAGGGCAUCGUGUAUGCCGUUCUGAUGUGCAUCGGCAAGCUCGUCUGUGGGCUGUGGCUCGUUCGAUUCCCGGAUGUCGGAAUUUGGAUACGCAGCAUGGUGAAGAACCGGCAACUGAAAGCAUCAGAGGCCAGACAAGACACAACCGAAGUGGAGCUGCACGAACGCAAGCCUCCAGCUUCAUCGAGGGCCGACACAGGCACACUGCCGUCUCCCGAGGAGAAGUCCAAAGAGAGAAACACGCUGCUCAACCCCCCAAAGCCUCUGUCCCUUUAUCCAGCAGCGAUCUUAGGCGUGGCCAUGGUGCCCCGGGGCGAGAUCGGCUUUCUGAUCGCGGCCGUUGCUCAGAGUCACGGCGUCUUUGGCCAGGAGAUGGACUCGGGCACGUCGGACGUGUUUCUCCUUGUCACAUGGGCCAUUGUCCUCUGUACCCUUCUCGGGCCGCCUUGUGUGGGACUGCUCGUCCGUCGAGUGAGGAGGCUAGAGGGGCAGGCAGCAGGCCGAGACGUUCUGGGGGUCUGGGGGAUUCGUUCAGAUUCGCAUUAG